AUGGCAACGGUGGAUAAUGUGUUGGUACGCGAUGUGCUGAAGAUGGAGCGAAUCGGGGCACAUUCUCAUAUUCGCGGCCUUGGAUUAUCCGCAACUUUGGAACCGGAACGAGUUUCUGAGGGUAUGGUCGGUCAGAUGGAGGCACGUAGAGCUGCUGGAAUUAUCGUUAAAAUGAUUCAGGAUGGCAAAAUCUCAGGUCGAGCAGUAUUAUUGACAGGUGAACCAGGUACAGGAAAAACAGCCAUUGCAAUGGCCUUGUCACAGGCUCUCGGUGAAGAUACUCCAUUUGUAUCGAUAACAGCUUCUGAGGUCUUCUCGAUUGAAAUGAGCAAGACUGAAGCAUUAAUGCAAGCAUUUCGGAAGGCUAUCGGUGUCCGAAUAAAAGAAGAAACUGAGGUAUUAGAAGGUGAAGUUGUAAGCAUUGAAAUCGAUCGACCAGCAACUGGUGGUGGUUCAAAAGUAGGAAGGCUCACAAUGAAGACAACCGAUAUGGAAACAAUUUACGAUCUUGGCAAUAAGAUGAUUGAAGCAUGUAUAAAACAGAGAGUUGGGGCUGGCGAUGUAGUGCAAAUUGAUAAAGCUUCAGGUCGUAUAACAAAGAUUGGUAGAUCUUUUUCACGCACUUAUGACUACGAUGCAGUGGGUCCACAAACGAAAUCUGUACGAUGCCCUGAAGGUGAAAUCCAAAAACGUAAAGAAACUGUUCAUACG